UUAAAAACUUCAAGAUGGGAAAUUAUUUAACCUCAGGAAUGGAAGAAAACCUCAAGAAGAAUCAAGAAUUUAUGCACAGGAUAAAUAUGGAGCGGCAAAUACAACUUCAGUAUCAGAUGCAAGAACGACAAAUGGCGAUGCAAAUUGCUAGAAGUAGGGACACCUGCCUUUGGUUCACUACGUUUUAUGUGGUUGCUGCAGCAGGCCUUGGCAGUGGGUUCAGAAGGACUAAAAGACCGUAUCUUUUGAUACCUUUAGUACCUCUCACAUUUGUGACUCUCUACUAUUGGGAUCUUGCUUACGGUAACAAGAUACACAGGAUAAGAAUGGAAGCUGAACACAUAAUGACACAUGAGCAAGAUUCCCUCGAAUGGCCUUGUGGGCUGCCUACGCCUUCAUCAAUUGACCUUGGUCGCUUGGACGUAGAAGAAAAGAAGAAAAUGCAUCCCUCCCUAUUUGCAUAACUUCAUACAAAGCUCAACGAUAUGAUAAAGUGUGCCUUCACCGCAACUUAGAUCAGAAUUAGCGGUAGUUUAGACCUUUGGCCACCGCACUUCCAAUGGCAAAAGUUAGAAAUAUACAUUAUGAGUUAAUGGAGUUGUAGUAACAGACUCCCAACAGAC